AACCUGCUGGAUGGAUCUACUGGCAGUCUAGAUUUAGAAAGCGUCUCGACAUAAAUUUCGCGAAUUCUCACCUCCGCGGACUUUUCCCCGCCAGGCGGAGAUAAAAAUCUUGAAACACAUGCCACCUCCUAGGACAAGAGCGGAGGUCCAAGCCCAGAAACAAAAGGAGAAGCUUGCCCACUCAUACAAUGAGUUAUUAGAGGAGUUUUCCUCGAAGGACCUCCGGACUGUAGGGAAUUAUACCCUCGGGCGGUUGAUAGGAAAAGGUUCCUUUGGCAAGGUCUACCUUGCCUCUCAUAAGUUGACCAAUGGUUCCAAGGUCGUACUUAAGUCAUCGAAUAAGGAGGACAGGAACCUGGCGCGCGAGAUUCACCAUCACCGUCAGUUUCUUCACCCUCAUAUUGCCCGCCUCUAUGAAGUCAUUGUGACAGAAAAGUUGGUUUGGCUGGUUCUGGAAUAUUGCCCAGGUGAUGAGCUGUACAAUCAUCUCCUCCAGCAUGGCCCACUCCCUGAUGACAAAGUCAAGAAAAUUUUCACACAAUUGGUCGGGGCUGUGGCGUAUGUCCACAGCAAAUCUUGUGUUCACCGCGAUCUCAAGCUAGAGAACAUCUUACUCGACAAGCACGAAAAUGUCAAGCUCUGUGACUUUGGAUUCACAAGAGAGUAUGAAGGGAAGGCGAGCUAUUUGCAGACUUUCUGUGGCACAGUAUGCUAUAGCGCCCCCGAGAUGCUGAAAGGCGAGAAAUAUGCUGGCGAAAAAGUGGAUGUAUGGAGCCUAGGGAUCAUUCUAUACGCACUGCUUGCUGGGGAAUUACCAUUCGAUGACGACGAUGACCAAGUCACCAAGGCCCGCAUUCUCAACGAAGAACCGGUGUAUAAUGAAAAGUUCCCCGAUGAUGCUAAAGCCCUCAUCAGCCUGCUCUUGUCAAAGCGGCCUUUGAUCCGGCCGAGUUUGGAUGAGAUCCUCGGGCACCCAUUUCUCGCUGAGCAUGCUUCGGAACAGCUGGCGAUUUUGAAGAUCCCACGCCCAGCACCGUUUUCGACUCCACUUGAAAAGACAACUCUGCAGCGGAUGAAAAGUGCAGGCUUGAAUAUCGAUGAGAUUGUGGAGAGCGUUCUCUCACAACGAUGCGACCCCCUCGCCGGCUGGUGGGCACUGCUAAUAGAGAAAGAGCAACGCAAAGAACGCAAGAGAGAGCGUAAGCGCCGUGAACGUGAAGCUGAGGCCAAAAACAUUCGUCGUCUCAGCGCAACAAGCAGUCGCUUGGAGAAGAUUUCUGCAGCUUUGGUCGAAGUUGAUGAGGAGGGGCACGCAUCCUCUGAUGGCCCCCUCCAGGAGCGUGGGCGGAGGAACAGGCGUAGCUUGCCAUCUCAGCUGGCUGUACCCGAGCUGCCUAUGCUCCCAGAGCCAGUUCCUGUGCAUUCUCCCGACUCCGGCACGCCUCCUCCGCCUAUCGAUAAAGAUUCAGUACGCUCCGCCAGCUCGACUCGACAUCGUCCGUUGCCGCCUCCAAAGGAUCAAGCCCGGCGACCAAGUACAUUACAUGCGAGCGCCUCGCAACCAGAGCUGGCGCAACACAACGGUCUCUUCAGAAGGCGCACUGGUCGCCGUCAGUACCCAAUCAUAAGCCAGCUAGCAUCCCUUAAGCACUGGUUUGUGGAAUCUGCAAAGAGGGCCAAAUCGCCACACGCAAAGACUACAGGUGCACAAGGUGGGCAUCGCAAAUUUCUCUCGGAGAGGCUAAGCCCGGGAAAGGGUCAAGAGGCUGGCAAAAAACCAACAUCUUCAUCUGCGGCCGCUGGGCACCAAAGCGACUUGUUGACACCAACACAGGUGAAGCGUUCAUCGAAUGCUAGCAGUCUGGCUCCUAGCAGUGCCUCCUAUCCAAACCAUCGUCACUCUUUCCCCCGGCAACCUCGGCCCCUGAGCACAAGCCAACCCCAUAGGAAUUCCCUAUCACCCUCUCCGAUUACCCCGAGGGGGUCUUACCGACGAUCGUCUGCAGGCUUACGUGGACGCAAAUCGACAUCCUCUUCUGUCUCUUCUAUUCGCAGCAUUCAUCAUACUCAUACACAUUCGAAAGCUUCGUCCGUUUCCUCGAACAGCAUCGGAUCGGCCUCCACACCGACCGCUCGGAUCACUAAAUCACCUCAUUCUUCUGUAAAAGUCCUGCCCACGACGCCAAGUGCCUCUGCUCGUUUUCCGAGCAACAUUCGCUUAGUUCGAGGGACGCACGCCGGAAUUCGCGACCUGGACGACCACAACGGAAGACUUCACACAGUGUUCAACGAGGCAGCCCCGGCGCCGCUACUUUAUUCGCCCUCUUCAAGUCUUGUAUUCGCCCGCCGCAAGCGAUCCGCAUUCAAAGGCCCCAUGAUCCAUACUGCUAACCUGAUGGUAUCUGGCGGCGUGGCUGCUUCAAAUUAUUCCCAUGUGGAUUAUGCUGAGAGUUCCGUGAUCGCAGGUCCUGUCCGGCCUGCGGCAAGGAAGAGCCAGAUUAUUGAGGAAGAGGAAGAUUUGGAAGACGACGUUGAAGAAGUGGAUACCUUUAGCGGCUUAGAGGAUGAUCCAGGCUCGCCAGUUGAUAGGGCGACAUCGGGUGAUUACCGUGGCCAUGAACAUACGGACGGAUCGCUUCCUGAACCCACUCGCAAACCGGUUCUAGCCCCCGCUCCGGACUUUGACUCUAGUUCUCGCCCACCACGCUCGUCUUCAUUAACAACGCCGCCAUUUUCAAUUGUCACUGAAUAGACAUGCUCGUGUACAACGCGAAAUUCUAUGAGACAGCCCUUCCUGCAAAACGACUCUCUGGGUCCUCCGAGCAAUGGCGGUUGGGUAUUACUCGAGUCACCUUGACACGU